UCCUCGCCUCCCGCCCCUCCCGCCCUCCGCGGCUCAGGCGAAUGAGGAAACGCGGGGCUUCGCCCUCUGCUCCGCUUGGACUCUGUGAGCCGCCGUCACUGGCUGGCGCAAGGGAGCCUAGGAAUUGGAGGGUUCCCUCCUCCCCCGCCCCCCCAGCCAGGGCCCAGGUGGUGUCCUCCCGCCUGAGAGGCCUCCUGCACUUCCGAGGAACGAUUAAUCCUGGAACCGGUCCUUGGGCUCAGGGAAGACCUGAAGAUAUUUUUGUGGAUAUACACACAUAACUUUUGAAAACAUCCAUUGUGGGCUGCUGCAUUUGUUGAUAAGAUGUUCGGUAGAUUGACUUUUCCUCAAAUGAUUCUUGCAAGUGUCCUUGGAGUUGCUGGAGGAAUAUAUAUUUAUCAACCAAUCUUUGAACAGUAUUCUCGAGAUCAGAAAAUAUUAAAGGAAAAAUCACAAAUUGUUCAAGAAUCAGAAGAGAAGAAAAAUUAACAAUGGACUUGAACUGUACUAGAUGCUUAAAACCCAAGUAAUACACAAGAUAUACUUAGUAUUUUGAGUAUGAUUAAAUCGAAGAUAAUGAUUUAA